ACUUAGUAACAAGGUAGAGAAAUUUUAUUCACCCCAAAAAAAGUAGAGAAAUCAGCAAAAGCAGAGCUUAACAUUUCAAUUUGUCAUGGAAAAUAUAUAUGCUUCUUCCUUGCUUUUUGUAAUGCUUUUCAUAGCCACAUUCACAAUUCAAUUGGCCAAUGCCACCGUUCCGGCCAUUUACAUAUUCGGGGACUCAACUGCAGAUGUUGGGACUAAUACCUACAUUCCUGGGAGCACAGCAAGAGCAGACUUUCCUUUCAAUGGUGUCGACUUUACCCAUUCCAGACCAACUGGGAGGUUCAGCAAUGGCCUCAACAGUGCUGAUUUUCUCGCCAAGCUAAUGGGGUUUAAGAGAAGCCCACAACCUUACCUAUUUCUUCUUAGCCUGCCAUCUGGCCUCAAAAGGCAUAAACACAGAGGCGUAAACUUCGCUUCAGGAGGUGCCGGGCUCCUUGACGUUACCAACGAAGCAAUGAAGGUUGUCUCCAUGACAAAGCAGAUCGAGCAAUUCAUCAUUGUUCGCAACAAUCGUGUAGCCAUCACGGGUCCAAAUGAAACAGAAACAAUGCUUUCAAAAUCCCUCUUCUGCAUCAGUGUUGGAAGCAAUGACAUCUUCGGCUAUUUCUCUUCCAAUAGGACUAUACCUCCAGACCUAUUCAUUGCCAAUCUUAUGCGUCAGUAUGAGGCCUACAUUAAGACUCUAUAUAACUUUGGAGCAAGAAAAUUUGGGAUCAUAAGCAUUCCACCGAUUGGAUGCUGUCCAGCUCAGAAACUUUUCAAUGCUACAGGGGGUUGUCUAGAGGGAAUGAAUGAUUUUGCCCGAGCUUUCCAUUUUGCAUUAGAUAACCUGUUGAGAAAAAUCAGCUCAGAGCUUCCGGAGACGAAGUACUCACUCGGAAAUUCCUAUGAAAUGACCAUUAACGUCAUACAAAAUCCCGCUCCCUUCAAUUUUAAGGACGUGGAGACCGCGUGCUGUGGAGCUGGAAGGUUGAAUGCAGAAACCCCAUGUAAUCGGACAGCAAAUCUUUGCGCGAACCGCAAUGAGUACUUAUUCUGGGAUUUGUUCCACCCAACACAAAAUGCUUCUCAGCUGGCAGCAGUGACACUCUAUGAUGGUCCAACAAAAUUUGUUACCCCUAUCAACUUUCGCCAAUUGGCCGAGGACAAUUAGCCAAACAAGUAGCUCUAGCUCUUUGAUCAGUACCUAUCAAAUGUGUGACUCAUUGCUUGUAGCCAAAUAAGUGUCCUUCAUUGAAGCCAAAUGCUUCUUUUGAUCUAUUUCUUAUUUAUGUAUUAACUAAUAACUAUCAAACACAAAUAUGGAUUGAAAUUGCACAAGUGCAGCAAUUUCUUUUUCA